ACUCCGGGUUUUGCAUUACGAAAUUGUUCUAAACCAAUAAUAGUCAGAGCUCCGCAGAGAAAGAGGGAGGACAAAACCAAAACAGCCGCUUUAAAAUCAACACGUUAAUUAAAACAGGGGUAACGGGGUACGCCGAAAUGGAUGAAGAGGUUAGAGAUCCCGCGUUGGAACAAGAGCAGGGUACCUAGUGGCCUAACAGGAGACUGCAGCACACAUCUAUCCAUGGAAGAAGGCAGAUCCAUCAAAAUCCAGGCUUUGGGAUACCUGUCUGUCUCUAUGCUCCUCAGGGGACCCUUAUGGCAAUGAAGCUGAAUGAGCGUUGCGUGGCACAUUAUGCCACUUGCGACUCUCCGGCAGACCACACGGGCUUUCUGUGCAAGCGUGUGGAGCGCCGCCACCACCACCAUCACACCAGUUCCUACCACCGCUGCUGGUUCAUCCUCAAAGGCAACUUGCUUUUCUACUUUGAGGAGCAGCAGAGCCGUGAACCCCUGGGUCUCAUUGUGCUGGAGGGCUGCACGGUGGAGCUGUGCGAAGCCGCUGAGGAGUUUGCCUUUGCCAUCCGCUUCGAUGGCAGCGGUGGCAAGGCCUAUGUGUUGGUUGCCGACUGCCAGGCUGCGAUGGAGGUUUGGGUGAAGGCCCUUUCCAGGGCCAGCUUUGAUUACAUGAGGCUCGUGGUUAAAGAGCUAGAGAAGCAGCUGGAGGAAGCGCGGAAGAGCUUGGUCGCCUGUCACAAAUCUCCAAAGAGACCUUCCUCUGGCUGGAAGCGACAUCUUUCCAGUUCCACAGCAAUACCCUUCCAGGAGCACCCUGUCAUCUCAGAAAAUGGGUACUCCACAUGGGCCAACGGUCGCACUGUUGCAGGAGCUGUUUUGGACCAUGAUGUGGGGUAUCUGAAACCCCCACCUUUACCCCCUCGCCGAAGACCAGCUUGCAGCAGUGCAGGUGGAAUGCUUGCUCCAGGCCUUGGUUCCGCUGUGCAGGAAAGCCCAGUGUCUCCAGAGACAGCAUGUUUCUCAAAGCUGCACGAUUGGUACGGUCAGGAGAUAGCAGAGGCGAGGAUGGAAUGGCUGCAAAGCCAGAAUGUACUGUGAAUGUAUUGAGGAAAGUAUUUUGGGAUGUGGGGAAGAGGGAGGGAAGGAAAGAGAAAAACAGAUGCAAACCAAGUUUUCACAGACCUCUUGUGGAUUUGCUCCUGGCCAACAAAAUUGCCAAAUAACCUAUAUUGCUUUCUGGAAUAGUGGAUUGCAAAUAUAUGUAUGUUCUAAGUUACUCUCAAAAUUUA